GCUGCGUUGUAACUUGUGCGGGUCUAGGGAUGAAGGCGAGAGGGGCUCGGGGAAGUUGAGUUGGGAAGCUCCGGGGCUUGUACAGCGGUGGAUGGCGGAAGUAUGGACAGCGGAGAGCCGGGGGGAGAGACCGGGCUUCUACAGCAGAUCCUGAGCCUCAGCCUGGUUCCUCGGGUGGGAAAUGUCAGUGUGUGCCCCAGUAACACCACUCUGUGCUUCUUCCCGGAGAUGUGGUAUGGAGUAUUCCUAUGGGCACUGGUCUCCUCACUCUUCUUUCACAUACCCGCUGGACUGCUAGCUUUGUUUACUUUGAGACACCACAAAUAUGGAAGGUUCAUGUCUGUGUCAAUCCUGCUGAUGGGAAUUGUGGGACCAAUAUCUGCAGGAAUAUUAACAAGUGCUGCCAUUGCUGGAGUGUACAAAGCUGCCGCCAAGGAAAUGAUUCCCUUUGAAGCCCUAGUCCUGGGCGUGGGUCAGACUUUCUGUGUGCUUAUCGUUUCCUUCUUAAGGAUUUUAGCGACUUUGUAGCUGGCUGCCCUUUUCAGCACCUUCAAAGAUGAAAAAUGUGCUUUAGAAUUUGCAGCAUGGUGUUUCACCAUGACUGCCCAGUAAUGGAGCCUUGAUAGGAAGCAUCACUGUCAAUAUGACUGAUGAAUUCAAGUCUGUAAGAUUGCCUACAUAUUCAAACGCCACUCGCUAUGGUUCUUCGGUGCCCAGGACUAACCUAUGUAGCUGGAAUACAAUAAGGGUUUUACAUGCCAUUGUCACCAGCUGUUCCAUUAGGCAUUGGAAUAAAAAAAAUGACUGCGUCUCGGAAACCCUCAAAAUGCAGCACUGCAACAAUUUUACAGACGCCACCAUUUCUGGGAUUACAAUACCGUUUUUAAUUGAAUUUUUCUUAAAGCAUAAAGGUUAGUUCCAAAUAGAAGAACAAAUAUGCACUCUACUCUGCACUUUCCAUCUUUGUUUUUAAGGCUGUUUUUAAUGAUGAACAGCACCCAAUACAGACCUUCUUUAUGCACUUUUUAAAUGAUUUUAAUAUUUUAUUCACUUCUUUUAGUACUAAUGCUGCUAAACUGUUUUGUAUAUAUUCUCAUUCUUUUCUGACCAUGCAACCAUACAUGAAGUGCAUUUUUACUUGGUUCUUUUCAGAUUGUCUUGCUGUUGUGCUAAUAAUUCUCAAGCCGCACAUUAAAAAGGCAGUCCAGCUAAUGAUUCCAUUACUUGCCAUAAGUUUCACCACUUAAUGUAACUCGGCACUCAUGGCUAGCGUGUCUGUGAAACACAUAAUGAUAGUUGUGUGAUUUCUGUCAACAUGGUCUUGGAAGCAGACUGUGUCCACAUCUAAAAGAUGGUUUGAUAUGGGUAUUAAAAAGAAACUGUC